AAAUCAGCUGUGAAUUUGGCGUGUGGAAAAAGUUUGCCUGUGGAAAAUCAGAAGUUCAAAACGAAAAUCUCGCCAACAUGAAGGUCAUCUACAACACCCUGUUCAAGCGCACCUCCACCUACGCCGUGGCCAUCAUCGCGUCGGCCUUCUUCUUCGAGCGCGCCAUCGAUGUCACAUCGACUACGAUUUUCGAGAGCGUCAACAAAGGCAAACUCUGGAAGGACAUCAAGGGCAAAUACGAAUAAAUCAUAAUGAUUUGUUGUAAUUAGCAAUAAUAAUCAACGUUUAUUCUAAACGAAACGAAAA